AUGAAGACUGACUUUCAGUUCUCCAACCUGCUGGGCACCGUCUACAGCAGAGGCAAUCUUCUCUUCACACCCGAUGGCACAUGUCUGCUGUCGCCGGUUGGUAACCGCGUCACGGUUUUCGACCUUGUGAGCUCCAAAUCAUACACGCUUCCGUUUGCGCACCGGAAGAACAUCGCACGUCUUGCACUCAACCCCCGCGGAAACCUCCUCCUCUCCGUCGAUGAAGACGGUCGCGCAGUCCUCACCAAUGUUCCUCGUCGCAUCGUACUCUACCACUUUUCUCUCCGCGGCGAAGUCACCUCGAUCGCUUUCUCUCCUUCUGGUCGGCAUUUCGCAGUAGGCAUAGGAAGGCAGAUUGAAGUAUGGCACACACCAUCCACUCCAGACGUUGCGGAGGGUGACCUUGAGUUUGCGCCCUUCGUGCGCCACCGGAUCUACACAGGACACUACAAUUCAGUCCAGAGCAUAGAAUGGUCUAGCGACUCGAGAUUUUUCCUGAGCGCGUCCAAGGACAUGACGGCGCGGAUAUGGAGCGUGGAUCAAGCAGAAGGACAUGCGCAGACAACACUGGGCGGACACAGGCAGGAAGUAGUCGGCGCAUGGUUCUCCAAGGACCAAGAGACCAUCUAUACAGUCAGCAAGGACGGAGCGCUGUUCGUCUGGAAAUACAUGCUACGCUACGACGCGCCCGCCGACGCCGACCCAGACGACGACGAGAACCUACAGUGGGGCAUCCAGGAACGUCACUUUUUCCAUCAGAACAAUGCGCACGUCACAUGCGCCAGCUUCCAUCCCGAGUCGAAACUGCUCGUCACAGGCUUUUCGCACGGUGCCUUCUUUAUCCACGAGCUACCAGAGUUUGCGCAAAUCUCCAGCCUCAGCAUCUCGCAGAACGACAUUGAUUACGUUGCCAUCAACAAGACCGGAGAAUGGCUAGCGUUUGGCGCGUCGAAACUCGGCCAGCUGCUUGUGUGGGAAUGGCAGUCGGAAUCGUAUAUUUUGAAGCAGCAGGGACACUUCGAUUCGAUGAACACAAUCGCCUACUCGCCAGACGGUCAACGGAUAAUAACAGCGGCAGACGAUGGAAAGAUCAAAGUCUGGGAAGUCAACUCCGGUUUCUGUGUCGUCACAUUCACAGAACAUAUGGGCGGUGUAACGGCUUGCGAAUUCGCGAAGAAGGGAAACGUCUUGUUCACAGCCAGUCUUGAUGGCUCCAUCAGGGCUUGGGAUCUCCACCGGUAUCGCAACUUCCGCACUUUCACAGCGCCAUCGAGGCUUUCCUUUUCGUCCCUAGCGGUUGACCCAAGCGGCGAGGUCGUAUGCGCGGGCUCGAUCGAUUCUUUCGACAUUCACAUCUGGUCGGUUCAGACCGGCCAGUUGCUUGACAGACUAUCUGGUCACGAAGGCCCUGUAUCAUCCCUAGCAUUUUCUCCUGAUGCUGGUACGCUGGUCAGUGGAAGUUGGGACAGGACUGUUCGCGUCUGGAACAUCUUUGCUCGCACCCAAACAAGCGAGCCGCUACAACUCAUGGCCGACAUCCUAUCUGUAGCAUUCCGCCCCGAUUCGAAGCAAAUAGCCGUCACAACUCUCGAUGGACAACUGACGUUCUGGAACGUGUCCGAUGCUGCACAAGAAAAUGGCCUUGAUGCGCGAAGGGACGUUUCCGGUGGUCGCAAGAUGUCAGAUCGGCGCACUGCAGCCAACGUAGCAGGCACCAAGGCCUUUACGUCGGUGAAGUACAGCGCAGACGGCACGUGUGUAUUGGCAGGCGGCAACUCUAAGUACAUCUGUCUAUACGAUGUUCAGUCUGGUGUGCUGCUCAAGAAGUUCACUGUAUCCGUGAACCUUUCUCUCGAUGGCACACAAGAGUUCCUCAACAGCAAGCGGCUCACAGAUGCUGGGCCACAAGGUCUCAUCGACGACCAAGGCGAAGCGUCCGAUCUGGAAGAUCGGCGCGACACAACAUUACCUGGUGCGCAAAAGGGCAUUGGCGCGCGGAAAACACGACCGGAAGUACGCGUACCUGCUGUCGCGUUUUCGCCAACUGGCCGAGCGUUUUGUGCCGCUUCAACAGAAGGUCUACUAAUUUACUCACUUGACAACACGUUCCAAUUCGAUCCCUUCGACCUAGACAUCACCGUCACACCGGCGACAACUCUCGAGACUCUCGCACAGAAAGACUACCUCAAGGCACUGGUCAUGGCUUUCCGUCUAAACGAGCGCAACCUUAUUCGCCGCGUAUAUGAAGCUACGCCCGUGAGCAACGUCGCUCUAGUAGUCAAGGACCUACCAUCAGUAUAUCUCGGUCGGUUACUACGAUUUGUCGCCCUUCAAGCCGACGAGUCCCCGCAUCUGGAAUUCAACCUAGUGUGGAUCGAGGCACUGCUCAGCAAGCACGGUCGAUGGAUGAAGGACAACAAGGGCGGACUUGAGGCCGAGUUGAGAAGCGUUGAGAAAGCCGUUCGCCGGAUACAGGCUGAGCUCGCGAGAUUAGCUGAUGAGAACAUCUAUCGCAUCGAAUAUCUGCUUGCGCAGCCGCUAGAGGAGAAGGAGAAGUCAGCCCAACUCGACUUUGGGGUCAAAGCGAUAGAGAAUGGGAUAUCGGAUGAAGAGAUGGUUGACAGUGAUGAAGGCGAGGAUAUAGGCGAGUGGAUGGGCUUUGAAGAGUGA